GUCCAAGGCAAAGCAUUUAAAUAUGAAAGUUUUCAUUCUGCUGUUGACUCUGGCUGUUGCUUUGGCCGAUGAGCACGAGCAUCACCAUCAUCAUCAUCACGAGCAUGGAGCUGGCUAUGUGGUGAAGACACACGAUGAUCUGGUUAGAUUCCGCGGCAUCUGUGCCGAGAAGGUGCAGGCCACAGCCGAAGAUGUGGCCAAGUUUGUCAAAUGGGAUUUCGCCGAUGAGGAGAAGAGUCGUUGCUACAUAAAGUGCGUCUUUGAGCAAUUCGGUCUCUUCGACGCCACCCACGGAUUCGAUGUGCCCAAGAUACACGAACAGUUGGCUGGAGGUCAUGAUGUGGAUCAUACGGAUGAAACGCAUCAGAAGAUAGCCGCCUGUGCGGACAACAACUCCCAGGGCAGCGAUGCCUGCACUUGGGCGUAUCGCGGUGGCAUGUGCUUCAUGCGCUCCAAUCUGCAGCUGGUGAAGCACAGCGUUCAGGCCUAAAGUGAACCCCAUAGCCAGAACCCUGAUCACGGCGCACAAGUUCAAUUCAUUUACUUGUUCAAUAAAUUUAAUUUACGUUUUAUACUUUA